UGGAAGGGCAGUAUUUUAAAGAGACAGGAGAGAGAGAGAGAGAGAGAGAGAGAGAGGGAAAGAAAGGAGGCUUCUUCUCAUUAGAGGAGGUGGAGGCUCUCAGAUCAGUGCGCUUGUUGUCUGACACACGCUUGCACUCACACAUUCUUAUGAGUUUAAGGAAUCCAUCGCCUGUGGUAAGAGUGACAGGAACAGUCAGCCAGGGUCGAGUCACAGCGUUGCGCAUGGUUUAAACACUUUAUUCACAUUGGAAGCUUCUCAAAACACAACCUAAGUGUCAUUGAAGUGAGUUUCAGCACACUGCUCUAAUGACAGCAAACUAAUUUUUCUGUAACCGGCAAUUCAUUCUGUCAGCGAAUGGAGGCUGCUCAUGGUGGAUUGUAAGGAGUCAGUGUGAGACUUGCGUGAGGAUGGCAUGGGGCAUGUGGACCGUCAUGCUUUGCGUGACACUGUGGAUCUGCUCUGCAACUCAAUCAGCGAAGACUGUGAAUCCAAGAUUACGACUGUCUCACAAAGAGUUAUGGGAGCUGAACAGGACGAGGGUGUUCCAGUCUGGAGAGGGACGUCUGCAGCACUACAGUAUGUUACUGGAUGAGACUCAGGAAAGGCUUUUCAUCGGAGGAAAGGACAUCCUGUACUCUCUCAAUCUGGAGAACAUCACUGCCCCUUACAAAGAGAUUCACUGGGUGAGCUCGGAGGAGCAGGUGGGGGAUUGUUUAAUGCAGGGCAGAGAGAAGCCUGAGUGUGCAAACUACAUUAAGUUGGUGCAGCGUCAUAACAGCACCCACCUGUUAGCAUGUGGGACUGGAGCCUUCAACCCAGUGUGUGCCUAUAUCAGAGUGAACCGUGGAACAGAGCAGGAAGGAGAGUUCCGGUUGGAGUCUGAUCACAUACAGAGUGGCAGAGGAAGAUGCCCAUUCCAUCCCGGCAGCCCUUCAGCAUCCACUGUGCACCGUGGGGAGUUGUUUGUUGGCUUGUACACUGAUUAUUGGGAGAAUGAUGCCGCUCUAUAUCGUCUAGGCAACCGCAGCUACAUUAGGACUGAAGUGGGUGACAGAAAGCAGCUGGAUGAGCCCAAGUUCGUUGGUUCAGCAGUGAUCCCUGACAAUGAUGAUCCUGCUGAUGAUAAGGUCUACUACUUCUUCACGGAACAAGUGUCCAACAUGGAGGGUGGAAAAAAAACAGUUUACACCAGAGUGGCCAGAGUCUGUGCGAAUGACCAGGGUGGUCAGAGGAUGCUGGUAAACAGAUGGAGCUCUUUCCUGAAGACUCGUUUGAUCUGCUCAGUGGCUGGACCCAACGGCAUUGACACACACUUUGAUGAGCUCGAGGAUGUGUUCGUGCUACGGAAGAAAGAUGAGAAACAUCCAGAGAUCUUUGGUCUGUUUAGCACCACCAGUGCUGUGUUUAAAGGAUACGCAGUGUGCAUGUAUAACAUGGAAGACAUCCGUGCAGCGUUUAAUGGGCCUUUUGCACACCGGGAACGGACUGACCACCACUGGAAAGUGUACAACGGCAGGGUCCCCUACCCACGACCUGGAUCAUGUGCCAGUAAGAUAAAUGGAGGCCAGUUUUCCAGUUCAAAGGAGUAUCCGGAUGAGGUCCUGCGUUUUGUGCGUUCCCAUCCCCUCAUGUUCCAGGAGGUGCAGCCCAUUCACAGGCGGCCCAUUCUGUUGGACACUGAAGGAGGACGUAAACUCACACAGCUGGCGGUGGACCGAGUGGAAGCUGAGGACGGACACUACAAUGUUCUCUUCAUAGGGACUGAUGAUUCUGUAGUAUUAAAAUUGAUCACAAUCUACAACAAAGAAGCCGACACAGUCGAAGAAGUUCUUCUGGAGGAAUUGCAGGUUUUCAAGGUCCCUGUUCCUAUAACUGAGAUCCUCAUCUCUACUAAACGACAACAGCUGUACGUGGGCUCUGAGCUGGGUGUAACACAGGUCCGUGUGCACCAGUGUGGGCUGUACGGUUCAGCCUGCGCCGACUGCUGCCUGGCCAGAGACCCCUACUGUGCGUGGGAUGGGUCGACAUGUUCCCGGUACUAUCCUGCUGGGCUCUAUACAAAAAGGCGCUUCCGGCGGCAAGACAUCCGCCAUGGCAAUGCAGUUCAGCAGUGCAAUGGGCUUCAGCUUAGUGAAGAACAAAGCAUCUCAGAAAAGCUUGUAUAUGGUGUGGAGAACAAUAGCACCCUACUGGAGUGCAGACCACGAUCACUGCAGGCAUCUGUAACAUGGUACAUUCAACAUGGUGCGGACAUGGAGGAGGUGAAAGGCGAUGACCGUGUGAUUCAAAGCCCCCACGGCCUGCUGCUCCUUAAACUGGCAAAGGGAGACACAGGAGUCUACGUGUGCCAGUCCACAGAGCACGGCUUUGUCCAGUCGGUGGUGCGUGUCACUUUGGAGGUGCUUGAUGAGGACAAAGUGGAGGGUUUAUUGCAGAAAGGGGAGGAAGGGGAUUCUGGACAAAGACCUCAACCCUGCUCCUUCCCCAGCCUGCCCUCCACUCCAUCCUCCUCAAAGCUCUGGUACAAGGAUUUCAUGCAGCUGAUCGGCUACAACAACUUCCAGCGGGUGGAGCAGUACUGUGAGAAGGUGUGGUGCGUGUCUGACAGGAAGAGGAAGAAACUCAAGGGAAUGGCAUCUAAAUGGCAGUACACACCUGGGACAGAGCAGCAGGGGAGAGCACGGGCGCCUCGACACAUACAGGGACAGUAAAGACUGUCAGAUGAGAGAACGAAACUUUUCAACUCAUUCUCAGUGCAGAUGAUCAUAUAUAGACAUUUUUAUUAUAAACAACAACAAAAAAGAAUCAUUCGUAUUUUCAUUAAUUCACAAUUCUUAGUCUUACUGUUUGGUAGUGAGUAUGCCAGAUAUUUAAAGUUACACCAAGUCAUUUUUUUCAUAGUCUUAAUAAAUGUGUGAAAGCAAAGUGAAACCAUUUACACAAUGCAAUGACACAAAUAUACUAUGUCGCUGUAUCAUAAUUUUUUCCUGAUGAUUUAUACACUCAAUCAAAAAUUUUGAGUCGUUAAGAUUUUUUUCAUCAUGUGACACCGAAGACUGGAGUAAUGGCUGAAUAAAUUACAUUUUAGAAUAUAUUAAAAUAGAAAACAGUUAUUUACGUUGUUAAAUAAUUUAAUAUUAAAACACUUUAACUGUUAGUAGUUUGAUCAAAUAAUUAAGAUGAUUAAAAAAAAGUAUUGCAUUAUGGAAACUAGACUUCUUUAAAGUGGUGUACUGUAUGUUACACAUUUGAGAAAAUAUGCAUCACCUGGUUAUUUCAAGCGUACAGAAAAUUAGUACAAUUUACAUUUAGCAUGCAUGCCACAAAAGUAGGAAGAGGAGUAUGGUAGCAUGCUGUUCCAGACAUAUUUAAUUAUAAUAACUUGGUGUACCUUUAAAAUAGAAAGAAAGGAAGAAAUGUGUAAUCGAUCUGAGUAUUUAUACAGGGCUCUUGUGUGACAUUUGUCUCGCAAAGAAAAUACUAAAGUUGCUUCUACGGGAACAUGCAGUGCUACCUGACUGACUGGGCCAUUAAAAGACAAGGGGUUCAAAGACCCUCUCAGGAUGUGAAAGGCAACAUUUCCUCUUGGACAGCUCUGAACAAUGACAAAUGGUAGAGACCAGCUGUCCUCUUGUCAACGAUGUGAGAUUUCCUAUGAAUGACUUUUCCACUGUUGACAAUUCAAGUGUUCCAUUCAACUGAAGAAACAUUUCCAUUUCCAUUUCUGUGAGCAGUUACUUGGCUUCAAAAACCCUCCUGAGAGAACUUACGCACACACUAAGUAUAUUUAUCUGUAUUUUCAGUAUUAUAUAAAUUAUUCAAGUUGGUGUAAGAUUUGCUAGUGUCUUUUGUAGUGGUUUUAGAUGUUCUAAUAGUUUUAACUGGACAUGAAAUACUGCAUUUCAGCUGUGUAUAUAGGUUGAUUGUAAUGCAUUUCUAGUGAUCACACCUUCAAACAUAUAUAUAUUUUAUUUUUUUCUUGGUGAACGUUUUAAGACAUGCAAUGAUAUUUUUGCUGUGAACAACUAAAUGAGAUCCAAAUUAUCAGGAUAUUUCAGUGAGGUCAACAGUUUUGCUAUGUAUUGUGGUGUUUUGAAGUGUGUUAAUUCUUUUAAUUGCUAUGUGUUGUUGUAUAAUAAAUGGCAUACAUCCACACAGGGUUGAGGUUUAGCUGGUUAGCCUGGCUCUGUUAACCCCUGCAACAUUGACCAGUUGUUGCUGAGAUGAAUGGGCAUGCUAAUGGACAACUUUCUCCAGGUAUCAUUGACCUCCUUGUAAAAUACAGUGCUGGUCAAAAGUUUGGGGUUGGUAAGAUUUUUUUAUUUUUUUAUUUUGAAAGUAUAAAGCUGCCUUUAUUGCAUUAAAAUACAGUAAAACAGUUAUGUUGUAAAAUAGUAUAACAUUUUCUUUUUUAUUUUAUUUUAUUAUUUUUUUUUUUAGUUUGAAUGCAUUUUAAAUAGUAAUUUGUUUAUAUGAUGUCAAAGCAUCAUUGGUCAUGUCUUCAGUGUCACAUGAUCCUUCAGAAAUCAUGCUAAUAUGUUGAUUUGCUGCUCAAGAAACAUUUCCUAUUAAUAUCAUUGUUGAAAAGAGUUGUGCUGCUUCAUAUUUUUGUGGAAUCUGUGAAUUCAGAAUCAUUGACGAAUAGAAAGUUCAAAUGAACAGCAUUUAUUUGAAAUAAGUAAAUCUUUUGUAGCAUCAUUAAUGCUUUUAUUGUCAAUUUUGAUCAUUUUACUUUAACUUUUGUGUCCUUUAUGAAUUAAAUGAAUCAUUACUUUCCAAAACUAAAAUCUUAUUUACCCCAAACUUCUGAAUUGUAUGCAAAUUACAUUAUAUAAUGUUUUCGUUUGAUUGAAACAAGUCCUAUAUCUUAUGUCUUGCUGAAACCCAACUUUGGAGUUCAGGGUGAUAAUGAUGGGAAGAACCAUAUUGUUUUUGACAUGAUGGAUGGAUGUGAUUUGUAUUCAUGGAGAUCCAUAGCAUGUUAAUAUUGGAGUCUGUUCCUCCAGUCAUUGCUGUCUGUGACUUUCCACCACAUCCAUUCUUCUUUUGCUCUUUCUUUUUCUCUUUGCUCACUGCAUAUGGGCCUCUUAAUUAGCGAUAUGUACGCUGCCCUGCAAUGGAAGUAAUGUGUUUCAGUUAUGAGCGAGACAGUCAUCCGAGUGUGUCGCUGAUAACGCCUCACUAUAAACACGCUGCAGACCCCGUGCUGGUGAUUCAUUAUAAUGAAGAUUGCUUCCACAGUGCACAGUCACAUUUAAAACAUUCCAACAUAACACUGAGUUCAAGAACCUUUUGCCUGUAUUUAUAUUCUUUACUUAAUGUUUUAUUGCAUUAAAAUGACUGAGAUUGCUGUGUAUCAGUCUGUGCUAAACCAUUUUGUUAUAUUUACUGUCAGUUCUUCUAUAUCUAGCCAAAAUCUAAAAUAGAAUUGCAAUGAGUAGAGAAAAGAUUCCAUUGAUUUUAAGCAAUAGUUCACGGAACAUUU